UCGGCCGCUGCCCUGAGCUCUGCCCGUCUCUGCCAUGAGGCGGGCACCUCCUGGGCAGAGUGGGCCACGGGGGCCAUCCUGAAGCGGCGGUGAGGCGGAAGGAGGCCGUCGGGCCCCGUGAGGGGGGGCGCCAUGGACAAGUUCCGGAUGAUUUUCCAGUUCCUGCAGUCCAACCAGGAGUCCUUCAUGAACGGCAUCUGCGGCAUCAUGGCACUGGCCAGCGCCCAGAUGUACUCUGCCUUCGAUUUCAACUGCCCCUGCUUGCCUGGCUACAACGCAGCCUACAGCGCGGGCAUCCUGCUGGCGCCCCCGCUGGUGCUCUUCCUGCUCGGCCUGGUCAUGAACAACAACGUGUCCAUGCUGGCCGAAGAGUGGAAGCGGCCCCCGGGCCGCCGGGCAAAAGACCCUGCCGUGCUGCGCUACAUGUUCUGCUCCAUGGCCCAGCGGGCCCUCAUUGCUCCCGUCGUCUGGGUGGCCGUCACACUGUUGGAUGGCAAGUGCUUCCUCUGUGCCUUCUGCACUGCCGUGCCCGUGAGUGUGCUGGGCAACGGCAGCCUGGCGCCCGGCCUGUCCCCACCCGAGCUCGCCCGCCUGCUAGCCCGGGUGCCCUGCCCCGACAUCUAUGACGGCGACUGGCUGCUGGCCCGCGAGGUGGCCGUGCGUUACCUGCGCUGCAUCUCCCAGGCACUGGGCUGGUCCUUCGUGCUGCUGACCACACUGCUGGCAUUCGUGGUGCGCUCUGUGCGGCCCUGCUUCACACAGGCCGCCUUCCUCAAAAGCAAGUACUGGUCCCACUAUAUCGACAUCGAGCGCAAGCUCUUCGACGAGACGUGCACGGAACACGCCAAGGCCUUCGCCAAGGUCUGCAUCCAGCAGUUCUUCGAGGCCAUGAACCACGACCUGGAAUUGGGUCACGCCCACGGGGCACUGGCCACGGCCCCCGCCGGCUUGGCUGCCCCAGCGCCCCCCGAGGGUGCUGAGGAGGAGAGGGAGAAGCUCCGUGGCAUCACGGAUCAAGGCGCCGUGAACAGGCUGCUCACGAGCUGGCACAAAUGCAAGCCGCCCCUGAGGCUGGGCCAGGAGGAGCCGCCGGUGGGCAACGGCUGGGCGGGGGGCGGGCCCCGGCCUCCACGCAAGGAGGUGGCCACCUACUUCAGCAGAGUGUGAGCUGUGGCCAAGCGGAGAGGCGAGAGAGGGGGUCUGAGCCCAUGGCCUCUCAGACCCCCAAACCAGAUGGGAAGAUGAAGUCUGCAGGUUCUGGGCGAUAGGCCCCCGGAGCAGACCCACAUGCAUUUACCUGCCACUGAGGCAGGAAAUUUGGAGCUGGACGGGGACCUUAGUCCUCCAGCUGUGACACAGCAAUAUGAGUCAGAAGGGCUCAGAACUGGCUCGUGGGGGGGGCAAACUCCCACCUGACCA